UUAACAAAGUCGCCGUCUCUCUUGUUACAGAGGGUGCUGAUGCUGUAGCUCGCCAUGACCGCUAGGAUGCUGGCCGUCUUCGACGUGAUGGGCGACAUAUCGCCCGUCUCGGCGCCCACCUCGCCCACGACGGCCGAACCGCCCAAUGGCGCGCCGGCCCGGAAGAACAGUGGGCUCAACAACGGCCACACCAACGGCAACGCCAAUGGCCAUGUCAACGGUCAUGCCAACGGCCACGUCAACGGAAACGCCAACGGCCACGUCAACGGAAACGUCAACGGUCACGUUAACGGUCACGCUAACGGUCACGCCAAUGGUCACGCCAACGGGACGACGAGCCCGACGAAAGUCAACGGGGUGGUGACUCCGGCGAAAGUCAACGGUACCCCGGUCAAGAAGGGGAGCCUCACCGACAACCCCAUCGCGCUCAACAACUACCACAACAACCAACUCAACCACCUCAACAACAACAACAAUAACAACAACAACAACAUCAUUGCCUCCCCGCUCAAGCCCAAGUCGCACAUGCUGACCAAGCAGCAGACACAGUCCGUGUUCCCCAGGAGGGCAGCGGCCAACCUCCAAUUCACUGACAU